CAACAUUUAAAUUGAUUACAAGAAUUACAAAGAAUUAAAAAAUAUCUUUUAAUAUCUACUAAAUGAUACAAAAAAAAGUUAUUCCUUUAUUCGUUUAUAAGAAAAUUGUUAGCUUUUUGUAAGUUUCAUCGAACUAAUAGUGAAGUCGUUUAUAAUAGUUGUAAUUAUAAUAUUAAGGUAAAUUCACCUAUUAAAAAUUAAUUUCUUGAUUGUUCCUCUACUUCACGCGGACCUUAAACAUGUUGUGACAAUUCAAUCGGAAGGUUGACGCGAUGUUGGCUCCAAAGCAACGUCAAAAUAUCGUACAAUCCUCUCACUUAAUACGAAUCAUUAGAAAAAUAGCCGGUGCUUCCGUGAUUACUAUUAAGAGCACGUCUCAAAAUGUUAUUCUGUCAUCAUUCACAUACUUCGGUUUUUUUAGUUUCAUCACUUGGUAUUCCAUAUAUUUUUAUUCAGUAUAUAAAAUGUAUUCAGAAGACCAGACUGUAUUGAGGUCUCUUUAUAGCACAAAACUGAAACGUUACGGCGACGAAGUCGAGAGGAUUAUCGAAUUAAUAUUUUCUUUAUACGCUAUGUGGAAAGUACCGUUCGAUUUGAGCGGCAGUUCCGAAGACAUGCAACAGAUUGUAGACAUCGACAAAGCGAUCCGCGACUUAUCUGAAAGUGUAGAUUAUAAAAAUAACAAUAAUUCUGUCAUUUUUAUAUGUAUUGUUCAGACAUUUAUAAUUGGCACUAGAGUUUUCAGUAUAUGGUUUUCUCUUUAUAAUUUAAAUCUAAGACUUCCGAGCCAGAAGGUCUUUGUGAUUAUUUUCACUGAUGCUGUCACUUUUAUCAUAGUAGCACAGUUUUGUUCAUACCUUGUGCUUUUAAGGAAGAGAUAUAAUAUACUUAAUAGAAUUCUCGCUUCGAUUAAAGUGAGUGAAGUAUUGAUAUCUCGAGUUAAACUUCCAAGGAGCGUAGAUAAUGGGUCUAAAAUACAAAAUAGAUUUGUUGCUGAUAAAAUAAAAGCUUGUAGCAACAUUCAUAGCAUGUUAUUCAUGGCUGCUCAGACGUGCAAUGAUAAAUUUGGUUUAGUAAUACUAUUAACAAUGUUGAAAAAUCUCAUAUUGAUUAUAUUACAUUUCUUCUACUUCAUGGAGGCGACGGCUGCGUCUCUGUUUAAAGAACCAUUGGUGUACAUUGGAUUUUUAGUCUAUGUGUACUGGCAAAUAUGUUUUUCUCUUGCCGUUAUAUAUGUAUUCAUUUAUUACAGUGAAAGUGCUGUAACAGAGGUGAGGACUGAAGGGUGUUAUAGAUAAUUUAAAAGGACGAUAUAUCAAUACGAUAA